AAUAUUCCAGCAUGCAUAUCACGAGCACACAUGUUGCUAAUAUUCCUACAUAUAAAUUGAACAUUAAACAAAGUUGUAUACAAUAAAUUUGUGAAAGUAAUAAUUGAAAUUACUUUUGCUCAGUUUGAGAAAAAUAAUAAUGUCCAAUGGUAAGGAACAUUUCAAGGUUUGCUUCUGCUGGUCCAGAGUAUUCAAACUGAGGGGAGGUGAAGUGCAUGAAGAUAUUAAAGAAGUAUUUGAAUCAUACUCAACAAAAGGAAUUAUGAGUAUGGAUCAUUUAAUUUCUUUUCUAGAGAAAGAACAGAAGGAGGUUGAUGUUACAAAAAAGGCCCAAAAUAUAUUCAAUAGCCUCAGGCAUCUAAAUGUCGUCCAUAGAAGGGGAUUGAAUCUUGAAGCUUUCUUUAAAUAUCUUAUUGGUGAUAAUAACCAUGCUCAUCAGUUUAAGGUCCACCAAAACAUGGAUGCUCCAUUAGCCCAUUAUUAUAUAUACACAGGCCAUAACUCAUACUUAACUGGAAACCAGCUCAGUAGUGAUUCCAGUACUGAACCAAUUAAGAAGGCCCUAAAGAAAGGAGUUAGAGUAAUUGAAUUGGACCUUUGGCCUAAUACCACCAAAGAUGAUAUCCAUGUUCGUCACGGAGGGACAUUGACAACGCCGGUUAAACUAGGCAAAUGUCUGAAAGUCAUAAAAGAGGAAGCCUUCACUGCUUCUGAAUAUCCUGUUAUAAUCACUUUUGAAGACCACCUUCAUCCUUGCCCACACCUUCAAGAAAAAGUCGCGCAGAUGGUUAAGAACACAUUUCAAUCCAUGUUGUUCACCCCAAAAUCAGAAAUGGACAAGUUUCCUUCACCAAAAGAAUUAAUGAGAAAUAUCUUAAUUUCGACGAAACCACCACCAAAAGAUAACCCUGCAGAAUCAGACAGUAAGUUUUCACCGCACACAGGGCAUUCGGAGAAUGGACGUGACACUCUUACUCAGGAGCAAGUACAAGUAGAGGAGGGAGAUGAAAACGAAGAUCAGGAUGAAGUUCCCAAAUAUAGAGAUUUGAUUGCAAUCCAUGCCGCAAAGCACAAAGGUGGUAUGGAAAAUUUUGGGAGCCAUGGAAGUUCUAGUAAAGUCGGACGGCUUAGCAUGAAUGAACAAGCUCUUGAAAACACCGUAGGUGUUAUUGAACAUAGCCAUCAACUUAUCCGAUUUACACAACGAAAUAUCCUAAGGGUGUACCCAAAGGGUACACGCAUUAAAUCAUCAAACUAUGAUCCUCUAAUUGCAUGGAUGCGUGGAGCACAGAUGGUUGCAUUUAAUAUGCAGGGAUACGAUAAGUACCUAUGGAUGAUGCAAGGAUUUUUUCGAGCUAAUGGAGGCUGUGGCUACGUGAAAAAGCCAGAAUUUUUACUAAGGGGAGAUGGAGCAUGUGACGAAGUUUUCAAUUCCAUGGCGUUGCCAGUAAAGAAAACUCUCAAGGUAAAGAUAUACAUGGGAGAAGGUUGGCGUGCAGACUUCCAUUUUAGACACUUCGAUUAUUGUUCCCCUCCAGACUUCUAUGUCAGGGUUGGAAUGGCAGGAGUACCUGCGGAUGCUCGCAAGAUGCGUAAAACAGAAAGAGUGAACGAUCAAUGGGUACCAAUAUGGAAUCAUGAUGACGAGGAAUUCAUAUUCCCAAUUCGUGUUCCAGAACUAGCAUUGCUUCGGAUUGAUGUUAAGGAUUAUGAUCCAUCUGGUGAAGAUGAAUUUGCAGGACAAACAUGUUUGCCUCUUUCCGAGCUGAGGACUGGGAUUCGAUGUGUUCCUUUGUAUGAUCACAGAGGAAAUGUAUACAGAUCUGUAAAGCUUCUCAUGCGUUUCGACUUCACUUAUUAAUCUUCUCAAUUGCAAUCUGUAAAGUUGGAAGUUAAUGUAUGUAUGGCAUAGCAAAGCAAAGAGUACAUAUAGAUCAGUAAAUAAUGCUGAGAUAAGGAUUUUAGUUAUCAUUAAACAUUGCCAGUGUAAAGAAUUCUUGGAUUUCUAGCAUAUAUUAGCAGCAACAUAUUUGUGCC